UAGUGUUGUAUACGUAACACUGCUAAUCACGGCUUCAGCAUUUUAUGUCUUCUUAAUAAUUAAGGAAAACAAGUUUAAACGUGAAAUGCCGCAAGUCUAUAGGGAUACUUUGAUACAUUGCAAAAAGGAUAACAAGAUCGUCGGCAUUUUCGGAGAACCUAUUAAAAUAAUUCGACAAAAGAAUCGUAUCGUACAUAGUCACCGCUAUUACAAAGUAAAGGGUGAGUCUUACGAGGAGUUCACUUUUGACAUAGCAGGACCGAAAGCAAAAGGACUAGUACAUGCAAACGUGAAGAAAGUGAAUAACGAGUAUGAAUACACGAAUCUGCAUGUUACGGUGUCUAAAGUAGGAAGAUUUAAAGUGGAGUCCAAAGUAGAAAAUUUGAGAGAUAGAUAUAAAUAUAAAUAUGAAUCUGUCAUUCAAACAUAUUGAUAUUUAGAAUAUUUGAGC